CCAUCUACCCCUCACAUCCUGUCUGCAGAUCAGGAAAGUGAUAGAGAGGCGCUCACUCUACUCUUCCUCCGGCCAUCCCUCUGCACAUUUCUCUCUGCACAGCAAAAGCAUUCUUUUAGAAAAGCACACUCACACAUCACAAAGCAAAGGACAAUCAGACAAAUAAACAGAGCCGCCAUCCAUCUCUGCGAUCUAGCAUGGCUACCAUCACCUGUACCCGAUUUACGGAGGAAUAUCAGCUCUUUGAGGAACUUGGAAAGGGAGCGUUUUCAGUGGUGCGCAGAUGUGUAAAAGUCCUCAUAGGGCAGGAGUAUGCUGCCAAGAUCAUCAACACCAAGAAGCUUUCUGCCAGGGAUCAUCAGAAGUUGGAUCGAGAGGCCAGGAUCUGCCGGUUAUUGAAACACCCCAAUAUAGUGCGCCUUCAUGACAGCAUCUCAGAAGAGGGCCACCAUUAUCUGAUAUUUGACUUAGUGACAGGUGGGGAGCUCUUUGAGGACAUAGUUGCCCGCGAGUACUACAGCGAAGCUGACGCAAGUCACUGUAUUCAGCAGAUCCUAGAGGCUGUCUUGCACUGUCACCAGAUGGGUGUUGUCCACAGAGACCUCAAGCCCGAAAAUCUCCUCCUCGCCUCAAAGUCCAAAGGAGCCGCAGUGAAGCUGGCCGACUUUGGCCUGGCUAUCGAAGUGGAGGGCGACCAGCAGGCGUGGUUUGGCUUUGCUGGGACACCUGGAUACCUGUCUCCUGAGGUCCUGAGGAAAGACCCGUAUGGCAAGGCUGUAGACCUGUGGGCAUGUGGUGUGAUAUUGUACAUCCUCCUCGUGGGCUACCCACCCUUCUGGGAUGAAGACCAACACCGGCUGUAUCAGCAGAUCAAAGCCGGCGCCUAUGAUUUCCCAUCACCCGAGUGGGAUACUGUAACCCCCGAAGCAAAGGACCUUAUUAACAAGAUGUUGACCAUCAACCCUGCCAAGCGCAUCACUGCCUCUGAGGCCCUCAAACAUCCGUGGAUCUCGCACCGCUCUACCGUGGCCUCCUGCAUGCACAGACAGGAGACCGUGGAAUGCCUGAAGAAGUUCAACGCUCGCCGGAAGCUGAAGGGUGCAAUUCUCACCACGAUGUUGGCUACCCGCAACUUUUCAGGAGGCAAGACCGGCGCUGGCAAGAAGACGGAUGGCGUGAAGAAAAGGAAGUCCAGUUCCAGUGUCCAGCUGAUGGAAUCAUCAGAAAGCACUAACACCACCAUUGAGGACGAGGACACUCGAGUGAGGAAACAGGAGAUCAUCAAGGUGACGGAGCAGCUCAUCGAAGCCAUCAGCAAUGGGGACUUUGAGAGCUACACGAAGAUGUGCGAUCCCAGUGUUACCGCGUUCGAGCCAGAGGCUCUGGGAAACCUGGUGGAGGGCCUGGACUUCCAUCGCUUCUACUUUGAGAACUUGUGGUCUAAGAACAGCAAGCCUGUGCACACCACCAUCCUCAACCCGCACAUCCACCUGAUCGGGGAGGAGGCCGCCUGCAUCGCCUACAUCCGCAUCACCCAGUACAUCGAUACCAACGGCAUGCCGCGCACUGCCCAGUCGGAGGAAACGCGCAUCUGGCACCGCCGGGACGGCAAAUGGCAGAUCGUCCACUUCCACCGCUCAGGGGCACCCUCCGCCAUCACCAAGUAAGCAAACGAGCCUCUCUGUGGGAGGGCCUGAAUGAGCCAUGACUCAUGACGCUGCUGAUUUGCUGGCUGUGUGUGUGGACCCCUGAAGAGAGGAGCCCACCUCACGAGAGACAAGCCUGCCCCCCCCCCCCCCCCCCCAACCCUCCCUCCAUUCCUCCAUUCCUCCAUCCGUCCACGCAUUGCAUCCCUCCUGUCUGGCACUCGUUUACACAUGCUACCACUCCAGCUCAGUUCAGCUCGCACAGUGCACCCCCCAUCUGUCUGCGUCUAGCUGUCUCAGUGACAAGUAUGUCUUUUUUUUUAUUUUACUUUUGUUUUUCACGGUAGAGAUUUCAUGAGGUGAAAUGUACUAGACAAGCUUUUUCUAUCUGUACGACAAGCUUUUUGAACGGAACGGCUGAGUUGCCAGUUGGGGUCUUUCGGAGAGCUGAAUUUAAAAUGCUGUCUUCUGAAUGCAGGAACAUGGUGCAACAUUUUGUUACUUAAAGCAAAUAACUGCUCAGCAUGGAAAAAAAAAACUUUGAUAUUAUCAGUAGUAUUACUGCCAGUACAGCUUUCUUCACAUUAAAUAUCUUAUAAGUAUCCAGUGAAAUUAAACAAAAAAUUUAAAUGAAUGUAUUUUUUGAAUUUUACUAUAAAGUUGUUUUAUACUAUAGCAAAUCCCUAAUAAGCUAAUACAGUAUUUCUUAGAGGAAUUUCCACUGACACAAAACCUGAUAUGACCUACAUGUGGGCAAUUCCACGCAAAACUGUCACGUCCAUAACGCCAACUAAAUGCCAUGGUAUUUGUAUGAUGCGAAUGAUUAUGUGAAAGUUUUUCAUGUAAGUUCUACAACCAAGAAGAAUGAAUGCUCAAAUUUCAAGUAAUCAUCAUUCACAUCAUACCAUACCAUACCAUGGCAUUGUGUUGGCGUUAUGGACGUGACCGUUUUGGUGGAAUUGCCUGUGUACAACCACAUUAUUUAUCCUUGGGUCACAGCCACUGUAUUAUCAGACGGUCAGAACAGCCUUA